AUGGUAACACGAACAUCAUCAAAUGUAUCUGUUUCUCUAUAUGGAUCCUCGGCAGUAUCGAUUUAUCCUGUAUACCGCCAUCGUUUUUAUGUUCUCUUCGUUUUUAUGUUUCUUGCUUUCAAUCAAUGUCUUUUUUGGUUAACGUUUUCACCGGUUUCACAAAGUGCUCAAACGUAUUAUCAUAUCAGCGAGAGUACAGUGAAUCUUCUGCUCAAUUGGGGACCAAUUAUUUUUAUUCCUUGCUUACCAUUAGCUUACCUCUUAUUGAACAAACCGCAUGGUCUUCGCAAGAUCAUUCUCUUACUUGCAAUAAUUUGUUUUAUUGCUGCUUCACUUCGAGUUUUACCCGUUAUUUUUCUUUCACCAUCAAAUCCUUCGUUCACAUCCAUAUCUCUUCUUUUUGUUCAUCUCGGUCAAAUUUUAAAUGCCGCUUGUGGCCCAUUAGUCAUGGCUCCUGUUUCACAGCUGUCAUGCUUGUGGUUUGGGCCGAAUGAACGAACACGUGCAACUACCUUAGCGAUUAUGGCUGCUGCUUUUGGCUCUACAUUUGGUUUUCUUGCUCAUCCCUGGAUCGUGACAACAUCGGAUCAGAUUCCACAAUUACUUUAUCUGCAUUUUAUUCUUGCUUUGGUUGCAUUACUGAUGACACUUGGUUACUUUCCGUCACAUCCUCCGCAUGCACCAUCUGCUGCUGCUCAGUCUUUAAUGGACACGUCGAUGAAUGAAAACAACGAUAAUUCUCUACGAAAUUAUAUGAAUGAUAUUUUUCGAUGCUUUUCAAUACCAUCAUUCAAACUACUGUGCUCUGUAGGUGGAAUCUCUGGUGGUGUGUUCGCCGCUUGGACUGGACUAUUUGCGAACAUUUUAGCGCCGGAAAAGUUCACUGAACAACAGUCAGGUAGAACACAAUGUCAUGAAAUUUCAUUCUUAGCAAUUUUCGAUUUAGGUUGGUUUGGUUUUAGCUGUUCAUUGGCAACGAUUACCGGUGGUUUGAUCACAAGUACGAUCGCUGAUACACCUUAUUUUCGUCGUUCUUUCAAGUCUAUUAUAUUUAUAAUGUUGGUUGGUUGUUUCUUCUCUGUUCUAUGGUUUCAACUUUCUAUUCGCACAAUAUUCAAUGAUGAACCGAUUUUCAAACCAACUGUGACAAGCAUUGCUCUGUCCGUGACACUCGCUGGACUUUUCCAGGGUUCAGCGUUACCAUUAGUUUAUGAAUCGUUGGCCGAGAUCACGUUUCCACUGCCGGAAUCACUUUCAGCAUCAGUUCUCGUCCAGUUGAACAAUGCAACAGCUUUGAUACUUUUGUUUAUUCCACCUAGUUUAUAUCAACUAUUAAAUUUUCUAGUUCUUCUUUCUGUUGGUGCUUGCACUGUGAUGAUGAUGUAUGUAGACGAUUGUUGGGUACACUCGGAAGAUCAACUAAGGCGUGCGCGAAAGAACGAUAUAAAAACAGUCAGGAUAACGAUUGCACAGGUAACUAUAGUUGUAUUAUACGUAUACGAUACAUCAUUAAUUCGCUUAUCAAAUGAAAUAUGUAUACUGAAGAGAGAAAAAGAGACAAAAUCCGCCAUUGUGGUGCUCAGUCUAAUUCCAACGUUCCUGUCACCGCACGGUCAAGACAUCGAUAUCGUGAAUUCUUUUCAAGUUCCCUUGAAUGUUACGUACGGUACUGAUUUUAAAAUUACCAAUCUAGCAGUGACUCCAAGUGUGAAUGCUAUGGCGUCCAAAUUGAUGGAGCAGUAUCCAAGUGCAGACAUUGUUGUUAUUACAACACUUUUCGUUCCAUCUGCAAUAACAAGUAAUAGUAGAAAGCGACGACAAAGCGAACCUAAGGAUCAACAGUGUGCGACAAAUCCUGGUAAAAGUGGUGAUUAUCUUUUCAUUGGAUUCCUUAUCAAACCACGAUCAUCAUGUCGAACCGCUGGUUGUCAGCAGAAAUUUGCUCAAGUAUACGAAAAAGUGUUGGCUAGUCUACGUUCCAGUACAGCGUUGUUAGUUACUAUGGCUAACGGCUCUACUGUAACUAUUCAAUUAGGAUUUUGCUCAUUUGGACAAGUUCCUCCAGGACAAACAGUAACGACAGCUUCUACUAGUUCCACAUCAACACAAACUACUACUGUGUCAGCAACGAGCACUAGUACAAGUACAAGCACAAGCACAUCAACUUCAACGACUACAUCAGAUCAACCGAAAACAUGCGAUGUAUCCGAAGUAAAGUGUAGUAGUCCUGGUGACUGUUGUGGCAAUACUGGCAAUGUAUACGAAUGCUUAGCAGGAGGUAAAUGCUGCAAAUCCAAUGAACAAACAUGCUCAAAACCAUCGGAAUGUUGUAGCGGUAAUUGUGUGGACAGUUCAAAGUGUUCUGCUCCUGACCCUAAACCUGAACCUGAACCUGAACCUGAACCUGAACCGCUAUGA